AUAACGUGGCGGCUGUUAUGUCAAGUGAAAUAACUCCCCAUGAGUUAUACCGGCUAGUUGGUAUUUUUUAAACAAAAGCUUCGUUUUAUGUGUUUGAUGAAGUCAGACUGAUCAAUUCAAAUUUAUUAUAUUCAAUGCAAUUUCAAAAAUUUAUUUAAAUCUUUCCAAUUUAGCAAUUUACUUAGCUUUCUCCACAUUAGAGAUUUUGACUUUUGGUUCACACUAUACAAAUUUUCCCGUUUCCGGUUUCUCAUGGGGGUACGUGGCCUGUGAAAGCAGAAUACACAUUUCGAAGAUAUUCCCAACAAUGGCUCAAAGAAAUGAAUUAAUUGAUAAAGCGGAGGAUAUUGCUGAUCAGGUGCUUCGUAAAAGUAAGCAUAUCUUGCCACAUGUGGCCAGGUUUUGCCUCAUUAGCACCUUCUUAGAAGAUGGAAUCCGAAUGUGGAACCAGUGGGGGGAGCAGAGGGAUUACAUGAACCAUACCUGGGGGUGUGGGUACUUCCUAGCCACCAUGUUCGUCCUGGUCAAUCUGUUUGGACAGCUGGGAGGCUGUGUAAUGGUACUGAGCAGAUUUAAAGUAACAAUAGCUUGUGGAGUUCUUGUUGGAAUUAUAGUUUUACAGACUGUUGCAUACAGCAUUUUAUGGGAUUUGAAGUUUCUUUUAAGAAAUUUGGCGUUAGCUGGUGGCGUGUUGCUGCUUUUGGCUGAAGACAGAGCAGAAGGAAAAAGUUUAUUUGCUGGACUCCCCUCUCUAGGCGAGAAUAACCCCAAACAGUACAUGCAGUUAAGCGGCCGAAUUCUUCUCGUUUUGAUGUUCCUGACCCUGGUUAGAUUUGAAAUGGACUUCUUCCAGAUUAUUCAGAAUUUGGUGGGCACCGCACUUAUCAUACUUAUUGCUGUGGGAUAUAAAACAAAAUUAUCAGCUUUAGUAUUGGUCGUCUGGUUAUCGUUUCUCAAUGUUUACUUCAACGCCUUCUGGAACAUCCCAGCAUACAAGCCAAUGAGGGACUUCCUGAAAUAUGACUUUUUCCAAACCCUGUCUGUCAUUGGGGGUCUCCUGCUGGUGGUAGCUCAUGGACCCGGUGGUGUUAGUAUGGAUGAACACAAAAAGAAAUGGUAGUCUACAUUUGUUAUAAUUAGGUAUAAAUUAAGAACUCCCGUCUUGGAUUGGCACUAUGUACAGCAAAGUGUUGCAGAAUGCAUGUAAUACGUUUUGUAAAGGAGAAGAGCUAGAAAUAUACACUUACUACAACAGCCGUGUUCGUUUAAUUGUUUAUGUUAUUUUGUUUGUUUUGUUGAAUGGUACAUGUUGAUGCAGGUUGGGUAUGGAUAAAUUGUAAGUCUUUUUAAGAAUACUAAUUGUUAAACUUGAUAGAUUUAAAGCAGUAGGGAUAUUACAUAACAUGCAAGUAUAUAUUUAACGUGUAUUUUUAUUAAUGCAUAAUUGUCAGAAAUGUUGGUGUAUUGUGGUUUACUAGAUAAAUGGUGUUUUUUUUUUAAUUAAUGACGAUUUUUCCUCUAAAGAGUGGAUCAGAUAUUACAAUUUAUACAUAUAUGAUAUAUUUACCUUUAAGAUUUCUAGUCAAUGGAUCUGGAAAUAAAAGUACAUUAAAUUUCAAGUAUUAAAUUAUUUUGAGCAGGUUGUAGAUUUUUCAGAGUUAAUCAAAUGUAUUGAUGUAACACAUGACAGCAAUUGAUUGCCAAAGACCGAGUUAUUUGAAAUGGCAGGUGGUGCUUUUUACACAUAAAUCUGUAUCUUGUAAAAUAAGGCACUAGACUCCAUUUGCUCUCACUGUUUAUAAAUUCAGUAAGUUUCAGAGGGUCUUUGUAUUAUGUAGAAAAGCAAUGCAUUGUGUCAAAUAUUUUUUCAUAUAUAAUACUUUAUAAAAACAGCCCAGGUGGCUGUUAUAUUGUAGAUCUAUAAUAUAUACAUAUUAUCAUUUAAUGUGAAAAGUUAAACCCAAUUCACAAACAAAUACACUGGUUAAAAAUCUUUGUAUAGUACCAAUUGGCUGAAUUUAAAAGUGUUAUACCAUGCAUGGAAAUUACAACAACUUAAAGAUUCCCCUUUGGUCUGUCUUUGGGUGUGUAGGACAUAGCUGUGCCUCAUUAAUUAUGUGUGCUAAUUAUUGUAUCUUCCAUUUGCAUGACCUUCUUUAGUUCUGCUUUAUCAUGUAAAAGAUGCUUGUGUGAAUAUAGAAGUAUGCCAGUGUAAAUGUCAUCCGUGUUGUUACACAGGAUUAUUUUGUCAUUACCACCACAGAAAACAUCAAAUAAAAAAAAAUCUGUGUUAUCAA